GAAGAAACAUAUGUGGUUUUCCACGACCCUGGGAGGACGCAGCAACAUGAGUUUCAGCAGAGCCGAUCAACAGCCCGGUGCUCCUGGGUCCCCAGCGGGCUUGUGCCACGAGACCAAGCGCGUGCACAAGAAAGCCCAGGCUGUUUCAUGCUCACUGCUGUUGUUACCUGUACUAGCUAGACAAAAAAGCUAGCUCAGGUAUAUGUUGGUACAUGCUACGCCUUCGUUCUGCUGUGCGGACUUACCCGCGCGUGCGAGUCCUCCAUUGGAAAUGGGAGUAGUUGUUGCUUCACAUGAGUGCAGCGGGGAUAGGUCUGAGCUAGUGAUGUGAUCAGAGAUUUUGAUGACAGGUAAGUGUGUGGGACAGGAACUUCCAUUUAUGCUGCAAUCACCAAGGAGGCAACUUUACGCAGAUAGUAGUAGAAGCGCUCCUCAUUAUAGUAUUGGAGCAUCUCAGCCACUGGCAGAAUUUACCUUCCCAGCACUCAGAGGUAGGAAAGGGCUAUCCUUCAUUUUUGUGGCUAGAGAACUGGGGAACAAGGGUGAGCAAACUGAUCACAGAGGAAGCUUGCAGCUAGCCUGGGAACUGCACUUGCAUCUCUGGAGGAUUAGACUCAUGCCCUGCCCACAUCAUGAUGUCUCCUAGGUGGAGGAGUAGGUACAGCCUCGUUCCCUGGAAGUGCUCUGCAAACAAAGAUCAGUUCUCCCGUGUCUGGGGGGCAAGCAUGGUGGCUGUGUUUAGGAGAGGAGCUGAAGCACCACCCCCAAUCCUGUUCGAAAGCGUGGGGAGAAAUGAAGUGGGUAAUGUAGUUAUCCAAGAAUGACUUCUGUUUGGUACACCUGAUAAAAUCUCGUACCGUGCUGCCCUGGUAGAAAAUGAAAGGGAAUCGUUAACCAUCACCUGUGGUUAGCACUUCAGCUUUAUGCCUUGGCGUCAAAGUGAUACUUCCAGGAACACAAAGCUCUUUGAAUCGUCGUGUUGGGGAGCUGGUUGCAGUUUUGACGCAGAAGGAUGAGCACCCUGACUUGAGUCAUCAACACAACUUCCUGCAAUGGGCUUUCCCUCAGUGCUGCCGUCAAACUACGAAUCAGACUGGAACUUCUUGUAAAUGGAUAAUGCUACUAUUUGUGCUUUGCUCCAAACGCGUGCCCUUGACAGGCAGCCAUCGGCUGCACAUGUGGAGAUGUCUCGGUAGCAAAGCGAAGGUGUGAUUGUAGCCUGGGUAGGCAUCCCUGGGUGAAUGUAUCCGGGAUCCAUAGUAAGCUGAUGGUCUGGUUGCUAACUCAGGUCACUUCAUAUUUACCAGUGCUGUUACGCAGACUAUGAAGAUCAACGCUAGCACUGCUGUGGCUACCUGUGAUACAAUCACACUGUCAUUUUGCUUCGCAAACCUACACUGCAGGACUGGUUCUUAUUUGCCAUUUUGAUCUGUUUCCCCAGGGUGAAGUGAUGGUUGAUCCUUCUUCAAGCCCGGUACCAGCAGCUAAUAUGCCACUGCAAUCACAGCCCAAAUGUGUGACCUCGCUGCAGCCCAUCACGGAGGGAGAAAUCUUCAAGUUGCCAGGCAGGCUCAGAAUCCAGCCCUCGCUCUGGAGCAAAGAUGAUGUGAUCCAUUGGUUAAGGUGGGCCGAGAAAGAAUAUUCCCUCCGGCCAACAGAUGAAAGCAAGUUUGAAAUGAAUGGAAAAGCCCUCUGCAUUCUCACCAAGGAUGAUUUCAGAUACAGGGCUCCUAGCUCAGGCGACGUUUUAUACGAGUUACUCCAGUACAUCAAAAUCCAGCGGCGAGCCCUUGUGUGCAGCCCAUUGUUUAAUUCACCCUUUCAGGAUGCAAAACACAUGGAUAUGCACAGCACUGUGGGAGGUAUGAACUGCAGGUUAGAAGCCUCCCCAGGAAGGGUCUCUUCAUUGCUAACGACAUGUCCAAGCCACAGAGAACAGCCCAGGUCUCCCAGAAAGGCCUUCUUCAGAGAGGAGCCACUUAAUCUCUCUCAUCAUGGCUCAGAAGUCAGCUGUAGGCCAGAGGUCAUCUGUUCUUUUCCUGCUCCCCCACCAGCCCCAGUUGAUGGUAAAAUUGCAGACUGCAGGUUACUCUGGGACUAUGUCUAUCAGCUGCUGUCUGACAGCCGGUACGAACCAUACAUCAAAUGGGAAGAUAAGGAAGCCAAGGUCUUUCGGGUUGUCGAUCCUAACGGACUUGCCAGGCUCUGGGGGAACCAUAAGAACCGCAUGAACAUGACAUAUGAAAAAAUGUCGAGAGCCUUAAGGCAUUAUUACAAACUCAACAUCAUCAAAAAGGAACCAGGCCAAAAGCUGUUAUUCAGAUUUUUGAAAACACCUGGGGAGAUAAUACAUGAGAAAUCCAGCAAGCUGGAACAGCUGGAAAGUGAGGAACAGGAGGGACUGGAUUUCAAGGAGGAUGUGGUGGAGGUAUCGCCCUAAGGACUCUAUUGCACCGUGUCUACAAUGUGGAAACACGCAGCGUCAGAGAGAUGCUGUGAGUCACUGUGAAGAACCUGGGAUGCUCUGCUGUCUUGGGAAGAAGAGACUGCCUUUCUCUCACUGGGUUGCAGUUAAAGGCUUCAAACAUUUUCUGUUCAAAGACUAAAACGUGGAACUUUGGCAGCAAGAGUUUAUUCCCAGAAACUUGUGCAGGCCGUUGAAACUGAGAUGAAUCUGCGGGCUGGCCUUUUGCUUGAUAACGUUUUCCCAUAGGUUAUUUUGUGUAUUUGUCUGUUUUUUAAAAUGAUCACAUUUGGUACUUUAUGGCUGAGGCUCUGUCGUUGAGUUUCAAGAUGGUUGGUAACCGUGACCCUAAUUCAGGACAGCACGGCUCUUAAGCACCUGCUUAACUCUGCUCUUACGCUUCAAGUUAAGCAAACUCUUCCAUACCUUGCUAAAUCAGUCACAGCUUAUGUGAAGAUUUUUGUGUGGUUUCAGGGCGGAGGGGUUCUUUAAGCUGAAUAUUGCCAAUUAAUUUCACUGUGUAUGGAGCAAUAAUAAUACUGGUUAUGCUUA